AUGGCUUACACACUAUCUGCAACCUUGGAAGGUCACGACCAAGAUGUUAGAAAUUUAAUUGCAAUCGACGCCUCCACUUUUGCUUCAUGUUCAAGAGAUGGUUCUGUUAGAACUUGGAUGCAAGACAAUAUAAAUGGCGCUAGUAGCAACGAAUGGAAAUCUUUACUUGUUCAUCAUACUACCGCUUUUAUCAAUAGCUUAUGUUUUCUCGAUGGCAUUUUAUAUUGUGGCGGCACUGAAGUCAUUAUUCAAGGCUUUCCUUAUUUAUCAAGUCAAGAAGAAAAUAAUAAUGAGCCACUUUUCAGUUUAAUUGGACACUCAAAAAAUGUAUGUGCUCUUUCUUCUUAUAGUUCUGAUGACGGAGAUGAUUACAUAAUUAGUGGUAGUUGGGAUCAAACUGCGAUUGUUUGGCAAAAUGGAGAACCUUUGUACAGAUUGGUUGGCCACGAGGCCUCUGUUUGGGAUGCUAAAUUUAUCAACAAACAUAAAUUUAUAACUUGUUCUGCUGACAAAACAGUCAAGAUUUGGGAAAAUGAUAAAUGUGUAUCGACUUUUACACACUUGCACACUGAUGUAAUUAGGUCAAUUGAUGUACUUGGCGACCAUUUUAUAACAAGUUCCAAUGAUGGUACCAUUAAAUACUGCGAUUUUGAUGGGAAGAUUUUGAAGGAAUUUUUGGGUCAUGAAAGCUUUGUAUAUCAAGCAAUUUUUGCUCAGGAUAAAAAAAUAAUCAGUUGUGGGGAAGAUAGGUCCAUUCGUAUAUGGGAUUUGGAAACAGGUAACAUACUACAGGUCAUUACGGUACCCUCGAUUUCUGUUUGGUCCGUUGUCCAGUUAAACAAUGGCGACAUUGUAGCCGGAAGCAGUGAUCACCUAAUAAGAGUUUUUACCCAAGAAAAAUCAAGGUUUGCUUCAGAUUUAGAACUUGAAAAAUUUAGAUCAUCCGUUGAAAACUCAGCAAUAAAUUCAAAGACAUUAGGCAUAGAUGAAACAAAAUUGUCACCGUACGAAGUUUUACAAUUUCCCGGAAAAAAAGAGGGGCAAGUAGUUGCAGUUAAAACACCCACCGGUGCAAUUGAGGCACACCAAUAUUCAAGUGGAGUUUGGGGUAAGAUUGGAGAUGUUGUUGGGUCAUCUGGAAACGAGUCAAAAGUUGAGUUUGAAGGUCAAACAUAUGAUUAUGUUUUUGAUGUUGACGUUGAAGAGGGUAAACCGCCAUUAAAGUUACCAUGUAAUGCGAAUGAUAAUCCCUAUGAUGUUGCAGAACAAUUUUUAGCAAAAUAUGAUUUGCCAGCUUCUUUUAAAGAUCAAGUUGUUAGAUUUAUCAUUAAAAACACUGGUGGUGUAGAUUUAAGCACCAAAGAAAAUAAGGUAAAAGUGAGUAAUAUUUUGCCAUCGAAGGAAAAUUUUCUUUCCUUGGACAAUUUUAAUGUUGAUAAACUGUAUAGUGGUAUUUGCAAAUUAAAUUCUAACGAGGAAAAUAAUUUUGAGGAACCAACUUUAAAUGAAUUGAGGAUUGCAUUGGAAAAUCCCGCUACGAAUGUUGACUUUUUAUGGACUAACGCUGCCAUUAUUAGGGCUAAUUGGAAGCAGAAGGUUCCUGCAUAUGAUAUCCUGAGGAUAAUUGUACCUUAUUUGCCCAGUCCUGAUAAUUUAACUGAAUUCAUCACUGAAGGUCUAACUAGUGAAAGUUUGGUAGUAAAAAUGUUAACAGUAAGAUCUUUAGUGAAUAUAUUUCAAAAUAGUGACUGGGGAUUAGAGUUAAUGUCUUCACCAAGUAUUUACGAAUCUAUUUUUUCUGUUAUUGAUUCUGAAUACAGUGAAAAUUUUAGACAAAAACCACAAAUGGCUAUAGCUAUUUCUAGUUUAGUUUACAAUUAUACUGUUUUGAUUUUAAGGGAGAACAAGUACGAAUUAAUUCCUACCAUUGCUGACGUUUUAAAUAAUAAAUAUGGUAGUAGUCAUUUAGUUUUAGAUUCUGAGGAGGCGUCUUAUAGAUUAUUGAUUGCAUUUGGUAACUUAGCCACGAUAGAGCAUUCUUUGCUACAAUACUAUUCCAGUAUUAGUUGGAUUAAAGACGUUAAAGCAAGAUAUGGUACCGAAAAGCGAUUUUCAUAUGUAUUUGAUGAUUUAAGUUCUAUGUAA